CCACGCGUCCGAACACACACACACUUGAAAACAAACAUGGCGGCUGUGGCAGUUGAGCGACCCCCGGUGGAGGAGAAGGUUCGGACUCUGAAGCUCGCCGGACAUGUGGGUUUUGACUCCUUGCCUGAUCAGCUGGUGGCCAAGAGUACGCAGAAUGGCUUCACCUUCAACAUCCUCUGCAUUGGUGAGACGGGGAUGGGCAAGUCUACCCUGAUGGACACACUCUUCAACACCUCCUUCGAGUCCAACCCCGCCCCCCACACCCUGCCGGCCGUCAAGCUCAAGUCCCACACCUAUGAGCUGCAGGAGUCCAACGUCAAGUUGAAGCUUACCAUAGUGGACACGGUCGGCUACGGGGACCAGAUCGACAAGGGAGACAGCUUCACGGCCAUCGUGGACUACAUCGACAAGCAGUUUGAUGACUACCUACAGGAGGAGCUCAAGAUCAAGAGGAGCCUCUCGGCCUACCACGACACUCGGACACACGCCUGUCUGUACUUCAUCUGCCCCACCGGACACGGUCUGAAGAGCAUCGACCUGGUGUGCAUGAAGAAGCUGGACUCCAAGGUGAACAUCAUCCCCAUCAUCGCCAAGGCUGACACCAUCUCCAAGGCCGAGCUCAGCAAGUUCAAGCAGCGGAUCAUGCAGGAGAUCAGGACCAACAACAUCCACAUCUACCAGUUCCCCACCAACGACGACACCAUGGCCAAGGUGGUAAACACAGACAUGAACAGCCAGCUCCCCUUCGCCGUAGUGGGCAGCACAGACUUCGUGAGGGUCGGGAACAAGAUGCUACGUGCCCGCCAAUACCCCUGGGGCACUGUGCAGGUUGAGAACGAGAGCCACUGCGACUUCACCAAGCUGCGGGAGAUGCUGAUCCGCACCAACAUGGAGGACAUGCGCGAGGUCACCCACCAGCGCCACUAUGAACUGUACCGCAAGAAGAUCCUCGAGACGAUGGGCUUCACCGACGUGGGCCAAGACAACCAGCCAGUCAGUUUCCAGCAGACGUUCGAGCAGAAGCGUCUGGAGCACCGCGAAGAGCUGCAGCGUAAGGAGGAUGAGAUGCGACAGACCUUCGUGCUGCGCGUCAAGGAGAAGGAGACGGAGCUGAAGGAGGUGGAGAAGGAUCUCUUCACCAAGUAUGACGCCCUGAAGCGGGAGCACGUGGAGGAGAAGAAGCGCUACGAGGAACUGAAGAAGCGGCUGGACGAUGAGAAGGCAGAGUUCCAGAAGCGCAAGCACCAGGUGUCCACGCAGCAACUCAGCAGCCACACGCUCACCCUCGGCAAGAACAAGAAGAAGUAGACAGGGAACGAAGCACACGGGAAACAGUCAAGUAAGAUGUAAACUCAGGAAUGACGAGGAAAAGCAAGCAGUGAACUCAGCACGUGGAGAUAAACAAGUAAACGGUUAAGUUGGCAAAGGAAAAAGAAAUGAGUAAAAAGCAAACUCGGUAAGAUCAAGAAAAAGUAAACAAGGAACUCAGCGCAUUAUGAUAAACAAGUAAGAAAUGACGAAAAAAUAAAGAAGGAACUCAGAAAAAGAAAAUGAAAAUGAACGAGCAAACUGUAAACUCGGGAAAAGAGUAAACAAGUAAACAGUAAACUCGGAAAAAACACAAGCAAAUCAACAGGAAACUCAUGCAAAUAUAAACGAAAGUAAACACUAAAAUCAGUAAAAUAAACAAGUAAGCAAGUAAAAAAUAAACAAACAAAACUCCUCCAAAUAAAAAGGAAGAAGUAAACAAAAGUCCUGCAAAUCAGAACAAAUGAACAAUAAACUCCGGAAACUGCAAAUAUUAACGUUGGUAUAAACAGUAUUUUGAAGGGAUGACAAGCUGGAAUCUAUUGUUGUGAUCACUGACGAAUCCAAAUUAUAUUAAAAAGAUGGUACGGAACGAAGGGUCAUCAGUUGAACAAAACCUGAUUGGGUGUUGUAGUCAUGAGCUGAAUAUCUACAAUAGUCACCCUUACAGAAUACAAUUACUUUAUAUUGUCUGCAAAUUUCACCCUUACAGAAUACAAACACUUUAUGUUGUCUGCAAAUUUCACACUAACAGAAUACAAUUACUUUAUAUUGUCUGCAAAUUUUACCCUUACAGAAUACAAACACUUUAUGUUGCCUGCAAAUUUUACCCUUACAGAAUACAAACACUAUAUUGUCUGCAAAUUUCACCCUUACAAAUUACAAACACUUUACAUUGUCUGCAAAUUUCACCCUUACAGAAUACAAACACAAUAUUGUCUGCAAAUUUCACUCUUGCAGUACACACAAACAUCGUAAAUUCACAAGGUCUGCAGCAGUCACCCUUGCGGAAUACAAACCCUAUAUAUUAUCUACAAAUUUUACCCUUGCCUAACACUCAAACUUCAAAUUCACAAACGUCAUUAAUUAAGUCUGCAAAAGUCACCCUUACGGAAUGCAAACACUUUAUAUUAUCUGCAAAUUUCACCCUUGCAGAACAAACAUCAUAUAUACAAACAUAAAUUCAGUCUGCAAAAUCGACUCUUGCGGGACACAAACACACUUGAAAUCAAUCUGCAGAACCCUCACUUAUAUCACGCAAAUGUUCUAAAUUCACAAACAUUUUAAAUCAAGUGCGAAAUCCACUCUUGCAGAACACAAACACACUUGAAAUCAGUCUGCAUGACCCUCCUUUGCAGAACACACAUUUUAAAUUCACAAACUUUAUAAAUUCAGUCUUCAGAAUCCUUUCUUGCAGGACACAAACACUUGAAAAUCAGUCUGCAAAUUUCACUCCUGCAGAACACGAGCAUCAUAAAUUCACAAACAUAAAUCAAGUCGGUGAAAUCCACUCUUCCAGGACACAAACAUUUAAAACCAGUCUGCAGAACCCUCUCUCGCAUAACACAAACAUUCUAGAUUCCCAAGUCUGCAAAAGUCACCCUCGCAGAACCCAAACCUUUACAAUAAGAGUAUCCACCGUUGUAAAUCUGUUCCUGGUGAAUGGAGGCAAAAACAACGGUAUAGAUGAUUGGAAGUAGGUAUUUUUAAGGUCGCAUCACCUCUACUAUUUUUGUAACAGCUGGCGUCUUGAUGGAAACUUGAUGGUAGUAAUCGUGGAGGUGGGAAGGAGGGAGAGGCUGGGAGACGUGCCUGCUGUACUGUCAAAUGAGUCCAGUUUUGUUUGCCUGGGUCGCUACUUUGAUAUGAGGCAAGGCGGAGUGUUGCUAUUACCAGAACCUCAUCCUUCAACCCUUACGCUCAAAUUAUUGCUUCCUGUCUCUUUCUUUCUUUCUCCUACACUUAAAUUUUUACUUCCUGGCUUUUUCUGUCUUUCUUUCUUUCUCCUACACUUAAAUUUUUACUUUGCUUUUUUUGUCUUUCUCCUACACUUAAAUUUUUACUUCCUGGCUUUUUCUGUCUUUCUUUCUUUCUCCUACACUUAAAUUUUUGCUUCCUGGGUUUUUCUUUCGUUCUCCUAUACUCAAAUUUUUGCUUCCUGGCUUUUUCUGUCUCUGUCGACGGCACGUAUUAUUAAAUGUAUCUGUCUCCCAUUACGACUAUUCCCCAAGGCCACAGAGAAGACUAACCAGGUUGUCAUGGGGGGUGAUUUUCCUGUUCGUGAUGCAUAAGAAGUGUAGAGCUAUCACUGGCAUCACAAAGCAGUCCUCAAAAAGCCCAACAAACUUCUAUGAGGGGCUUUUCAAACAUGUCAAUUGAGGUGCUGAUGUGUUUAAAAAUACGGGCAUAUGUGUCUCUCUCUCUCUCUCUCUCUCUCUCUCUCUCCAUGGUUAGGUUACACCCUCCUGAAAUGUCAAAGAGGAGUCAUUUGUGCUGGCCAACAAUAGGUUCUUACUUAUCAAGAUAUAGCUGAGUGGCAGUUCAAGACGUACAGAUCCCAGCCUCUCCAUCUUUCCUACUUCCAUGGUAUAGCUAUUAACUCUUUGUACUUAAUUUCUUUCCAUUGUGGUCUUCUGCUUCUAUGUUCAUGUUAGCCUUUUAAGUGAUCAUGAAGGUGAGACAUAAUGAAAUUGACUACAGUGUGCGUGUUAAGGAAAAGGAUGAAAAUAUAAGUCGGUGUAGUGGUUAGCAUGUCAUCCUGUGAAUCCAUGUGCAUGGGUGUGAAUCUCUGCCUGGGUGUUCGACAUUCAACCCACCCAGCUGUUUUUCCUUCUUUUUUAGAGUAAAGGAAGCAGCUCAAGGGCAAAAAAACAUGAAAAGCAAAAAUACCCACUUGUUUAUCCCUCCUUUCAAGCCCAGCCUGGGGCCGUAUCCUCGUCAACUAAACUUGGUAUUAACUUUCGACUUUGCUAUUAACUUCACUCUCAAAGUGUAUCCUCACCAACUAUUAGCGUAAUACCUACUAUUAACUUCGGUAUUAACUUGGGAGUGCUGGUGAGGACUUCUAAACACUUAAUAGGAAAGUUAAUAGUAAAUCCCAGACCAAGGAUAAAUGGGUGCCUUGGGAUGCCUGGGGAAGGUAAACUGUGGUAACCUGGAUAUCACACUGGUCCUGUGUCCCGAGGUGAUAGGCUCUCCCUUACCAUCGGCUCAAGGUGACAGAGAUGAGCACCGAGGCUAUGGGCAGUUAGUGUAUGUCCCCAACUCACCAUAUGGAACCCUUUGCAUGUAGUCUCAAGUAUCAUGUUAAUUUCACGUUCAUAAAAAUAACAACAAUAAUAAUAACAAAAAUUAAUAUAUGCUCAAAUUUGUUAACCUAAAGUAUUAUUAUUAACUUUUUUUUCAUUUUUAUGCACAACUAACUUUGGAAAUCGUUGUUAACCUGGUAGCAGCGACGGGCCAAAUUUGUGGCUUUACUGUGUAGCAGCAUCGUGCCAAAUUUUUGCCAUGAUAUAAACCCCCAAAAAUAGAUGAUGCCUCAACUGAUCACAAAUGCGUUGAUAUAUAUUAUGAAAUGGUUUGUGUGAGUGAUGCUUUUUUAUCAUUAUUCUCGCUUAGAGGGGCCUUUAAGAAACAUGAUCCCCGCAGCUACCGGGUUAACAUCUCACGAAAUUGCUGAGAGUAUUAGUUCAGCGUUAUGUAUACCAAUUAACAAGAUUAUUAUUAAGCUUUUCAGCAUUACCAAAUUGUGUGUUGGCGAUGAAGUUUAUUUUUCUUUUACUUUUUCCAUUAAUUUUUCAUACAAUUUUUUAUUUUUUAUUUUUUUAUUAUUUUAUUAUGGCGGUAUUUGUGUCCUUUUGUGGUUAAUCCUUUAUGUUUUUCCUUCCACUGAUAAAAAUGAUUACUACUUUUGUUAUUAUUAUUAUUAUUCAGCUAAUGUCUUUGUCUUAUAUGUGUGAUUUGUUAUAUAUUAUUCAGUGUUUCUUUUUAUGUUUAUUUACUCUGAUAUUCACUGGUUCUUCCUUCCCUUAGGCCUGUAAAUGAAAGGGGAAAAAUGUUAUAUUAGUAAAAAAAAUUGUCGUCUUCCAUCAGUUUGAUUCUAACUUAUUUUAUUUUGAGGUUAUGAUGCAGUGUUUCUCUUAUGAUAUAUUUACUGAUAUAUCUUUUAUUUUCUUCCUUCCCUUGGGCCUGUAAUUGAAGGGGAAGAAAAGUUAUAUUAGUAAAAAAAUUGUCGUGUUUUGUUAAUUUGAUUCUAACUUAUUUAUCUUAACGUCAUAAUCCAGCGUUUCUUUUAUGAUUUAUUAACUCAUUUAUAUCUUACUAUCUUCCUUCCCUUGGGCCUGUAGAUGAAAAGGGGAAAAAAGUUAAGUAUUCAUAAAAAAAUUGUCAUCUUUCACUAAUUUGACUCAUACUUAUUUACUUUAGCAGUGUUUCUUUUAUGAUUUAUUUACUCACUUAUCUCUUAUUUUCUUCCUUCCCUUGGCCUGUAAAUGAAAGGGGAAAAAGUUAUGUAUUCGUAAAAAAAAUUGUCGUCUCACUAAUUUGACUAACUUAUUUAUUUCGAUGUUACAAUUCAGCGUUUUUCAUCUACUCAUUUACUUUUUUCUUCCCCUGGGCCAGUAAGUGAAGGGAAAAAAAUAUAUAUUGGUAAAAAUUGGUCAUCUUUUACUGAUUUGACUGCUUAUUUUGAAGUUAUAAUGCGACAUUUUUCAUAUACUUAUUUUUUUCUUCCCCGGUAAAUGAAGGGAGGAAGAUUGACACCAUUUGACACCACGAGUAAGAGUUCACAAAUUCCGCCACAGCUUCCGUUUUCUCUCGAGUUCUCUGCCGUUUAUUUACCAAAGCUGUUAUUGUGUUCACUCGAUUGCUUCUCUUUUAAGUGGCCUGUGUAGCGGUAAUGUUAUGUAUGUUCUCUUGUGCCCCCUGUUCACACACACACACACUCACACGCACACAGACGCAUAUACGCACACACAUGCUAUGCUUUCUUCCUAUUUUCCAUUUUCAUUUUUGUUUCUUACUGUAAAAAUCAUCUCCAUCUUCCUACUCAUAAAUUUUUGCUUCCUGACUUUCUCUUUUUCUUCUUUCUCUCUCUCUCUAUUUGUCUCCAUCUCUGUUUCUCUAUCUAACUUUUCCCGUCACUCUUUUUGUUUCUUACUGUAAAAAUCAUCUCCAUCUUCCUACUCAUAAAUUUUUGCUUCCUAACUUUCUCUUUUCUAUCUUUCUUUCUCUCUCUAUUUGUCUCCAUCUCUUUCUCUAUCUAACUUUUCCAGUCACUUUUUUCUUUUUGUUUCUUACUGUAAAAAUCAUCUCCAUCUUCCUACUCAUAAAUUUUUGCUUCCUGACUUUCUCUUUUUCUUCUUUCUUUCUCUCUCUAUUUGUCUCCAUCUCUGUUUCUCUAUCUAUCUAACUUUUCUAGUCACUUUUUUCUUUUUUGUUUCUUACUGUAAAAAUCAUCAUCAUCUUCCUGCACCUCAAUUUUUGCUCCCUGACUUAUUUUCUUUCUUUCUUUCUCUCUUUUUGUCUCCAUCUCUAUUCCUCUAUUUCCCUAUCUAUCUAUCUGUCUAUCAAUUACUCAUUCCACCAUCCACUACUUUAAGAAAUCAUAAUAUUCCAAUGUGUAUUUCUUAAUUAUUGCGUUCGUAUCAAUAUUUCUAGCUAUCGUAGGGUGUGUUGACCAGUCUGUACGCACUGCUCCAUUUAGUACUCACGUGAGAAAUGGAAUUGUUGGACCUGGAGAAAAUGUUUAAGUUGGGUUGUUGAUGUAAGGAAGAUUGGUUAAGUUUUUGAUAGUUUGAGUCGUUCAUUUUUCGUAUAUUAAUUGUGUUUUUCUACUACUAUUUCUUCUUCUUCUUCAUCUUUUUCUUUUUUCUUUGUUCUUUCUUUAUCUAUCUAUCUCCAUAUCUUUCCAUUCUCCCUUUUCUCUUUUUUCUUUUUCUUUCUUUAAUUUUCUCUCUUUUAAUCUUAUCUCAGAAUUUUUCAAUGUUUAUCAAUUUCUAUUUUAACUUUCACAUUCAUUUUCCAAUGUGAUUCAGUUUCCCCAAUUCACAGUUUAUUAUAUUUCCAGAUGAGUACAAACUGGGGAGGUGCGUACAGACUGGAGGCCGCCCCUUAGCUCUAGUCUUAGUCAACUAAAUAAUAAUACAGCUGUUUUUGUACUUGAAGGGGGUCAGCAGUGUUGCCAGAAGUGUGUACUGACCCCUUCCUCCUCCUCCUCGUCCCCCUCCUCCUCCUCUUCCUCCUCCUCCUCCUCUUCCUCCUCCUCCAUUGCCUUCCUGUUGCUACUUUUGUAUGGACUUCCAAUAAGAUUAUGGAGUGACCAGGAAGGAAGA